AUGGAGAAGCUCAGCAAAUUAAGUGGAUUUCGUGGUCGAGGCUUGCUGGGAAAAGCCAAGUUGUAUUUGACCAGAAAACAAUUGCCAUCUCUAGAAGAAAGGAAAAAGUAUGAUUAUGAAUUUGCAACUUCAACCUCAUUCCAUGGGGUGCACAAUAUUGUUCGAACCCACAGCAAGACUCGUAAGAUGCUGUGGAUGUUAAUAGUCUUGGGCUCAAUUGUCCUUGUUGCCUGGCAAAUCAGCAGUCGUUUCAUCAACUAUUUCAGCUGGCCCACCACAACAUCAGUAGUUGUUCAAUAUGUGGAAAAUAUUGAAUUUCCUGCUGUAACUUUUUGUAACAUGAACAGGUACCAAACCCAGGCUGUAGCUAACCUGAGCAUCAUUUUCUUCUUGUGGAGUAUAGUUUCUGGUGUCCUCCAUUUUCUUGAUGCAGAGGAUAAGUUUGGCCAGGAGCUCUCAGAUUUUCUUCAGAGGAAUCAAAACUUCAGCAUCAAAGAAUUUACCAGAAAUAAUGGUUUCUAUCUCAACAACAGCACAUUGUUAGAAUGUGAAUUUUUUGGCAAGACUUGUUACCCACAGGAUUUUCAGCAUGUUUUCACUGAAUAUGGGAACUGCUUCACUUUUAAUCAUUUUAACCUUCCAACAAGAAGAAGUGUGAGCGUCUCUGGAAGGGGCCUGAGUUUGCUUUUUGACAUCAAACAGGAACAGUUCACUGAUGACCCUUCUCUUGGUUUUGUUGAUGCUGGCAUAACCUUUGCUAUCCAUUCACCUCAAGAACCUCCUCAGUUUGAUGGUUUGGGCAUAUCUACACCAGUUGGGAUGCAUGCUCAUGCUGCAAUCCGCCAGUUUAAGACAGUUAUCCAAGAAUAUCCUUGGGGAGAAUGCAACCCAAAUAUCAAACUUCAGCACCACAAGAUCUAUAGCACCUAUGGGUGUCUACAAGAAUGCAAGGCACGACUCAUACAACAGAAAUGUGAAUGCUUACCAUUCAUGUUACCAGGAAAUGGAACAGAGUGUGACCUGGAAAGAUUUUACAAGUGUGUUUCUCCUACAGUGUAUAACAUAGAACUAAUGGGACUGUGUUCAGUUGGAACACAUAAUUCCUCUUGUCCAGUACCUUGUGAGGAAACAGAUUACCCUGUCACUAUCUCCUAUUCAACUUUUGCAAGUGAAAAGGCCGUGAAAUUCCUUUCUACAAAACUGAACAAAAGUCCAGCAUACAUAAGGCAUAACCUUGUCUAUAUUGACAUUAAAUAUCAUGAUCUGAAUUACCAAAUGACACAGCAGCAGAAAGCACUAAGCGUUUCUGAGUUGCUUGCUGAUGUAGGUGGUCAACUUGGAUUAUUUUGUGGAGCCAGUAUGAUCACAGUCAUAGAGGUUGUUGAAUAUAUUUUCACCAACUUUUGCUGGAUGUGUGUCUUUCUUCUCCUGAAAGCACCAGAACUACCCAACUGGAAUACUUCAGAUCAGAUUCAACAAUCACAAAAGAAGAGAAUACAAGAAUGCUAA